AUGCAGCAUAUCUUUACUGGGAUAAGAAACUCAUAUCUUAAGAUCAGCCAGAACAUAGUACCAGGCAUUCAACCCAACUUGAAAGCCACUCUUCAGGCCAAGUUCUUACCUGCUCAUGAUGUACUCCUGGUUAUUGCUCCUGAUACUGAACAAGAGCGGACUCCCCUUGUUCAAUGCAUGGGUUGGGUCAAGUUCAUGCCUAACAUCUGCAUGAAUCCAGUUCAGAGACAGGCAGUGGAUGCAAUCAAGAAAAAACAUUCUCCAGAGGAGCAUGGUGCAGACAACUUGUCUUUGGUCAACACAGACCCAGCCCUAUGUGUCACUGAUCAUUGGGCAAACUCAAUUCAGAGAGCUGUCUGGUUGAGGGCUCUCUGUGUAGAUGGAAAUUUCACCGAAGCUGCCUAUUUUACCCCAGACCUCGCAAAGCUCAAGUACCUUUGCAAUGUGACCUCCCUCCUCGAAGUCCUCUUGGAUAAAGACAAAGAUACUGACUCUGUUCAUGCUGACAAUUAUGAUUGUGUUGCUCAAAUUCAUGAGUGUGUCCUAUGUCUCAGUCCUCGCACCACCUUUAACUUCAUCUACGAGAUGCAGCAGUAUGCAUCCUCACUCGCCUUUAAUCAGGUGAAGGAACCAAAUGUCCAUGUUGAUGCUGACAUCAAAUCCAUCAUCAUUAGCACCCAAACCAUGGAGAUGGAUAAACUGCAAGAAGGCAUACAGGUGAUCCUGCAUGACUUCAAACAGCGCUGUUCUGCCCUCAUGGACGAAAACAUUGUGUUGAAGCAUAUGCCAGAUCAUGUCAAGUAUGCCAAAACUAUUGCUGCUGGCCUUCGAUACCACAACUACUCCCACUCCAAAGACAUGCCAGACAACAUUCAGAAAGUUUUGGCUAAGCAAUUUGGUAACAUCAGUAUGCAGAUCAUCCUCUUGUCGGCCACCAUACCACCUCACCAUCUGAAGCUCUUCAUUAAGCCAUUUGGCCUCAAGGCCAAGGACAUCACCUAG